AUGGCCUUACGCGGCAACAAUGACUGGCUCGGCGACAAUGGAGAAGAAGAUCUCACCGAGCGAUUCGAGCUUCUACAGCAGAUCCGAGAUGCAAUCCUGAACCAUGGGAGCAUCCAGCGGGAGCGCUACAAGAUCGAGUUCCUCCAGAGAAUACAAGUCUGGGCACACAUUUUCGUUCUGAGCUUGCCGCGUCUCCGAACCUUUCUGGCGGAGGUGCAGGCCUCUAACAGCGACAACCUGGUCUACACCCUCAAUCGUUCAUUCAAUGACAUGGAUGCCCUUAUCUUGCUGUUUCGGGGUCCGAAGGAAGAAUGGAUCAAAACGGGUAACAUCUCACGAAGCAAUGUUGAGAGAAUUGCGACCGCCCAGAGAGAUCUCGGGAGAUGCGCUUUUACGGGCUACCUACUCGGCGAGAAGUGUCAUAUUCUUCCAUUCUGGACUCUUAACCGACCGCGCUGUUGCGACGCGCUUGAUGCUGCUGUUGCAGUGUACGGCCUUGCACGAAUUCAAAUGCUCAAGGCGAAGCUCGUCGAUCCCGAGACCAACAUUGUUGACACCUCUCGAAACAUGAUCACGUUGCACCCAAUGCUGCACAAGUAUUGGGACCGUGGACUUUUCGGUUUAGAGCCCGUCACUCUCUUGUAUGAAGAGGACAAGAAGGAAGAACCCGCCAAUGCGGGUCCAUCGACACCCUCAAAGGUCGCCAGCGAGAGACCCAACGAGGAGAGCGGGGCGCCGGGUUCCUCACGGUCUACGAGAUCUGGUACCAAGAGACUCGGCGAUAGUUCCCAGAUCACGCCUUCCAAAAAGUCAAAGAGAAUCAGCGAGGGCAAGGGUAAGGGCAAGGAGAGGGAGGUGGAGCUACCGCAGGAUGUCGAGCCCGCGAAGGAGGACGACGAGCCUGCGAGGAAGCCAAUUGGUAUUCGAGCUCGACUCCAUUGGCUGCAGAAAACUAGGGGCUUGACGCCAGAAACUCUCCCAACGAAUUUGACCGAGUUAAAGCGGGCUUGGAGCCCGUGGGAUGAUGAGUACUCUGUUCUCCGCAAGGAUGCUCGGCCCGUUGACGACGGCCAGAUCAUCGACAUCUUCGAUACAGCAGACGCCAAAGCCCCCGAUUUCGAUAUUCUACAACUGCAGUUCGAUGUUUUCCGCAUGCAGGCCUUGUCUGGCAGGGCUGACCCGAUCAUCUAUGCCCCGGAUUGGUACUACGAUGAUGAUGGGGAAAUUGUUUCAGACCCCAUGCCAGGAAAAGAAGAGGCUAUCCGGGCACAUGAGGCUCGGGAGGCGCGGGAGAUUCAGGAGGCUCGGGAGGCUAUGCAGGCUUAG